UGUUCAGAGCUACAACCAAGCGACACCAAGAAUUAACAUGCGCAGCUUCAUUUUCGCGCUUCUGGUAGUCUGCGUUGCCGCAGACAACGUUCAAACCAUCAUCGAAGGAUUCAGCAAGGCCCUAGAAAAACUCGAUAUUCCUGACGAUCGCCGUGCGAACUACAGGGCUGGCCUCGAAAAAUCGAAAGCUUGCAUCGCUCCGCUAGCCAACGAUGCGCCAGCCGAACGCAUCGCCGUUUACGUCGAGAAACUGACUCCGGUCCUUGAUGAGUGUUCGAAGACUAUCGCCUCUAUUCCUAAGGAUCAAGUGAAACAGCGCCAGGAAGUGUUCGGGGCCUGCCUGAAGGAAAAAGUUCACGGAGCGGACUCCGGCUUCGACGAGAAGCAGAAAGAAGUUCUGCCGAAAAUCAAGCAGUGCAUCGUUCAAGCCAUUCAGUCGCAGUAGAGCGGACGAGCAUCAUAAACAUUACCUUAUGAUGAUGAUGAGUAUAUUGAGCUAGCUAACUUGCAGAGCUAGCUAACUUGCAAAGGUAACUCGCAGUGGAACAUCUCGCACUGGACGUCGUAGACCGCAUUGGACGUCGACGAUGAGAGGGAGGCGAGAUAUGACUCUCUAAUUGAGAACUGAGUGGAUCUCUGUUAAGUGAUAGUGGUAGCAGACGAAUUCGGCCGAUAAGUUUUGUUGAUUUUUUCUAUCUAAUAAAGUAAGCUAAGCAAUGAGGAAAUAA